AUGGAUGGGUAUCAUCUUGGAUCCUGGAUCAUGAUGUGCAAGAAGUUUUUUGCUACACGAGGUAAAAGAACAGGAAGGCCAUCCCUCUGCUAUUCAUGGAUCAAGAAAGAGGGGUUUAAUGGUGGCCGGUUCAAACAAGAUAGCUUGUUAGAAAAAUCAGUGGUUUGA